CUCUUUUGAUCCCUUUCUCUUCCUGUCCUUCUGGUCGUCCUCCUCUUUGCCCCCUCGCACAAGGUCGUGAAUGCGUGAUGAGUCUGGAACUUUCUGAGGCGUUCUCGAAGAAGCUGAGAGAGAAGACAUCGUGGCGGCUGGAUGACGUUGCUGACACGGUUGGGUGCGUGGAGAGGUGCUUUUACACAAUCACACAGAUUGACAAGCGAUGGCGCAUGGCAAGGUACACAAUGAGAGCCGGCACGUGUGUUUGCCUGAUUGAUCGACUGCUUGUUGCUCGACCAGGCAGAAGCACUACGAGACAUACAUCAGCAAGAAGCUCACUGCAGAAGCGAGUGAUCCUGCCAGCACCGCACGGAGGCGGAUAUUCAAGAAGCGCGGCGUCGCCAUGGAGGGCGUCCCGGAGAUGCCGACCGGUCGCCCAAUCAGCCGCCUCACCAGGUGGAAACAAGUCGGCAGAGGACACAGGUAUGCAUGCGGCUGCAAGUAAAUGGAAGCACCUCUUCGAUGGAUGGAUGCCCCUUGUGUUGUCUGCCUUGGCUGCAUGUGUUUGAUUUACUUCAUUCGAACAGGCGGCAGCAAGACGCUCUUGACGACUUCGCGAGUGCAGCGGGCAGCCAGACUAGCUCAGUCAUCGCCCCUCGUCGCCCAGAGACACGCACGAUAGAAGAGAUCCUGAGCGCUCAGCAGCAGGAGGAGGGAGACACGGAAGAGGAGGAGAAAAACCAUGAGGCUGAGCCGACGAUUCCGGGGACUCCACGAUCUGCAUCGACCGGCGCAGAGGUGUGGUGAAAGCAAAUGAGUGAAAUCGCCCGCUGUGUAUGCCUGUGCGUGUAUUGCGUGUUUAUGGAUGCAGUUGGUUUCUCGACGACGGAGGGGCGUGCCGUCAUCCGCUGCGUCCACGGCAAGCGAGGGGAGACCAGCCGCUGCGGCACCUGGUGACGCACCUGGUGAGGACACGACCCAUGCUCCUGCAGGUGGGCGGGGAUGUGAGCAGGAAUCAUACCUGCAUUCCCUUACUGGUUGUUGUCAGACACGAUCAAGAUUCAGCUCGCUGAGCCCAGCGGUGCCCCUCGCCCCAUGACCCCUCCCCGUGCUGGUGAAGAACACAUAGCCCCCCAGAGAAGGCAGUCCAAAGAACGAACGUCGUUAGAGGUGAUGCGCGUCUGGAUGGUGAGGAUACACAUGUGGCGACUGAUGUCCUCUGACUGACUGUACUGUCGUGUCUCACUUGUGUCGUCUCAGCCUCCUGCAGACGUGAAGGUGACCGAUGGCUCCCAGGGCUUCGUGCAGGCCGUCAGCGAUCAUUGGCUGAGAUACCCAGAGGCUGAAAUUCCCCCUCAGGCGGCUUCAAGAGUCCCACGUCUGUCUCUGCCCCCCUACGCUCACGAGCAGGAGUCCGAGGCUCUAGGCGGUCUUCCUCUCUCGGCUCGGCUGCAGUGGCAGACGGCGAGGGCACUGCAAAAACUGCAUGAUACAUGCGUGCCCCGAACGAGGCGAGGGGGGACGAGCGAAGACAGGGAAUGAGGGACACAUGCAGUACUUUGUGUCAUGAAUUCAUUCUCUUGCUUGCUGCAGGGAGCGGGGUGAGAUGUCUGGGGUGAGUACGGGUCCCUCGACCCAUCGCAGGCCGCCGUCACAGCCGCGCACGGAGAGAGAGAUCCGCGAGACCGCUAGAAGGGUUGGUCAGCAACGAAACCUGACCCAUCAGAUCACAUAUGGAGUCGUCGUCGACCAACUGGCGCCGGGAGCCCCCAAAGAUAGCAUCUUCACACCGCGGAUGAUCAGCUCGGAGCAGAAGCGCCUGCUCAUCGAGAAGGCCACGCGCCAAGAGUUCCAUUCCAAGGUCAGGCUAGGGCACUCGAUGACUUACAUCACAAGGUGAACAAAUUGCGUUCUUAUGUGACAGAUCUGCAUCGACUCUGACCCAGCCCCCACCAUGCAGGACAAAAGCGUCAAGUCCCUGCUCGAUAGAAUCAAAAAGUCAGAGGAAAUCAAUGUUGCCAUUCAAAUGCUUCAUGUCUCGUACAUGCAGGCAUUAUAAGGGCGUGCACGCGAAAGACCCGAUUCGCGCGUGGCGAGACAAACCUCUGAAGCUGGCAGGUCGGCUACAGAAACAAAGCCUCCUGGAUAUGCAAGACGUUGGGUCAGUAGAACUCUCUCCUGUUUCCAGAGUGGGCUGUGUUCUCGCGUGCGAUCCCGGUGCUGCCACAGCCCCCGAGCUCACCCAGAGCCAAGAAGAAGAAAAGGAAACGGGUGAGUCUUCGGCUGACAUUCAUCCAGAACACACGUGUGCUGUCUGUCAAUCCAUCUGCAGAGAAAGAGGCGGGAUCAGCUCAAGGUUGAGGCGUUCGACAGCGACAGCCGGCGAAAAGCAGCUGCCAGACGGCGAGAGCAGCAGCCUGCUCCUCGGGCCUGUUCAUUUCUCCCACCGAUCAUUGCUUCCCCGACGGUCAUGGGCAGCAGUGACAGCAGCCCCAUGAACACCACGCACGUGUCGCUGGAAGCACCUGAGCCCACGUCGCCAGCCAGGCUGAGGGGGAGCCCCGGCCGUCAUGGCGACCAGAGGGCCUUCUCCCUGCCGAAUCCACAUGCAUCCCCCUAUGCGGGGCUGAUGACCAGCGCCUCAAGCCCGAAAGCGAGAUCUGGGCAUCGCCCGGUGACAGAGGAAACGAAGGCUUGCUACACGUGGCUUGUAUUGCCAUAUGUGCUGUCUCGUCUGUAUGUGCGUGUUGGGGGCUUGUAGUCACAAGCGUCGAGCAGGGGCAGCAGAGACAGCCCGCCGGAGCUCCGACGCACCUUCGCUCGCUCCAAGACAACAAUGCCAGAGAGCACGCAGCCGAGAUCUCUGGAUCGGCAUGAGCGGCCCUCCACUUCAGUGUCCGGAAGCAGCCGCAGAAGUUCGCCACGACGGUCACCGCUGAUCGACCCCUCACCCACAGAGGUAGCCUGUCAUGCAGAGAGGGACCACUCGUGUUUUCAAGACACUCCGCUUCCUGUUCUGUCAGCUUGAUCAUGCAUGUGAGACUGAUCAUUCGCGGGAGGACCACCGCCGGUCCUUCAGCAGACGAGGGAAGCUCGACGACUUCAUCAGACGAUGCAGUCAACAGCAUGAGCCCUCAUGACAAGACAGCAC